AUGAUAAAUGGUUAUUUGAUCGCAAGUGAAAACCAUAUUUCAGGUAACUUUGUUAUCUGUAGCCUUUUAAGUGCAUUUUAUCUUGUUACAUGAGAGUGAGGUGGCUUUGUGCGCGCUAAUGCAUAUUGUGUGUUCAUAUGGGUUAAAUGUUUGCCCGUCUGAUGACUGAUCGAGCUAUGUCCAGUAUAAAUAAAAUUAGUUUAGUUCAGGUUUCCUCCUGUAGUCACACUGUAUCAUAACUCUUACUGGACUUCUAGGAAGAACAGUUUAAAACUAUACAGUAUAAAUGUAGUUAGUUUAGUAACUUUAGUUUAGUUUAAUUUACGUUUCCUCCUGUAGUAACACUGGAUCAAUAAGAUAUGACUCUUAGUGGACCUCUAGGAAGAACAGUUCAGAAUUGAUAGAGCUAUUCAGUAUAUACAAAGUUAGUUUAGUUUAGGUUUCUUCCUGCAGUGUAACACUGGAUCAAUAAGAGAUAAUCCUUAAUUGCUGGACCUCAAUGGAGAACAGUAUAGAACUAUAUAUAAAUAAAGUUAGUUUAGUUUAGGUUUCCGUCUGUAGUAACACUGGAUCAAUAAGAUAUGAUUCUUACUGGACCUCUAGGGAAAACAAUUCAGGACUAAUAAUGCUAUCCAUUAUAAAUAAAAUUAGUUUAGUUUAGGUUUCCUAAGAGAUGACUCUUACUGAAGCUCUAUAAGGAGAAUAGUGAGCUAUCCAGACUAUCCAGUAUAAAUAAACUUAGCUUUCCUAAGCGUCUGACUGGCUUCGUUGGAUGACAAAUGAACAUUUGAUUACAAGUGGGAAGCAUACAUUAAGCCAAGCAAUUUUCGUAUCUUAAAAUGAUUCUUAUCUUGAGCUCUGUUUACGUGUUUCGCUUUGCUGUGACCGGAUAAAAGGAAAUAUAUCUCGGUUCAUGAUUGAGAAAAACUACGUACUUUUCCAAGUGAUAAGAUUUUUAAUAGAAUACUUAAAGGAAACCACAAGAUUUGAUGAACAAUAUUUCAGUUCCUUAAUUUAUCCGCCGACACAUUCAUUGCAUCAAACAAAGCGAUAUGUUUAAAUCGUCCUUCAGACACGGGGCGCCUUGCUUUAGAGACGGGCCAGCCCGCCGGCUAGGCGGGGUUUCAUACCCCAGCAAGAUGAGAUAGUAAAACUGUCUGUACCAGUGUAGGUAGUACCAAUGUAGAAAUGCUGUGCUGAGUCAGGUUAUAUUACUACCAUAAAAAUAAGCAGAAACUCGACGUUUCGAGCGAAGGCCCUUCGUCAAGAGUUAGUAGACAACUAACUCUUAGUACUCCGAGUAGGCUACUAACUCUUGACGAAGGGCCUUCGCUCGAAACGUCGAGUUUCUGCUUAUUUUUUAAGGUAGUAAUAUAACCACUCAGCACAGCAUUUCUAGAUGAGAUAGUACACUAUAUAUACCGGAUAUAGGUUUCCGUAGCGGCGCGAAAAAGCACUGACCUAUCUGAUACGGAAUGUACAACUUUCAGAAGCUGCAUGAGCGAAACAACAUCCCACGGCCGUUGCGAUAAUUCCUCUGAAAAUAGCGUUCCUAAUAAAAUAGGUGUUUUUCACUUCGCUACGAAAAGUUAUCCGAUAUACAUUGUAAACGUAGCCUCUGUCAAGUAGGGGGAAAAUUUGCAUAUGAACGCUUUAGCCUGGUUUCCAUCUGGUCGUAAUGGUCGGAAAAAUAGAGUCACGAUCUUUCUCAACGGCCAGUUUAUAAUAGUUUAUACCUGUAAACCACAUAUACUAAAUGUCUAGGCAAGAAGAACGAAGUCCAUCACCAUAUAGCUGGAAAGAGCAUCUUAAAAUGAGUAAGAUUGCAAAGUUUGGUUGCGAAUUGCUGUAUAAAAUGAGAAAAAUAUAGCCCUUUGAAGUUCGCAAAUUUUCGGUAUAUAUUUGCAUUACGCGCGGGAAAAAUAACCAUUUUUGAGCCGAAAGUACAAAAUUUGCGAACUUCACAGGGCUAUAUAUUCUUCAUUUCAGGGACGCCGGAACGAUCAUAAGGCAAAGGGGGGCGGACCCACAGCAAGGGCACUUCUCUAAAGCAAAACUUGGAAAUCUUCCGAAAUUUUUUUUUUAUCAAAAAAUUUCGGCGACCUCCCCCCCCCCACCUGUCGCCCCGUUUGGUCAGUGUACCAUUUUAGGGGUCAAAAAUUUUUUCCGGACAUACCAUAAGUGAAAUAUAAACUGUAAAUUGUCUGAAUCUUAUAAUUUUCGUACAAAAACCAUUGUUCGAAAUGUGAUUUAUCACGGGGUUUUUUAUAACUAAAGGGCACUUCUGCCCCCCUGCCCCCCCCUAGCAAAAGGCAAGGGGGGCAGCCACCCCUCCUGCCCCCCAGUUCCGGCGUCCCUGCUUCAUUUUACAACAUUUAGCAACCGAUCUUUGCAGUUUUAACUUUUUAUUCAUUCUAAGCCGCUCUUUUUUAGCUGUGGUGUUGGAUUUCGUUCUUAUUCAGCCUUGAUCAAAAUUUAGUCUAUAGCUCAUGGAUUCACCGAUUGGAUUUUAUAUGCGUUAGGCCACAUAAAAUAAAUUCCUUGAUUCUCAUCACUACACUUUGAAAAUGUCGAAGGGGCGGGAGGUUUAUAUUUUAUAUUUUAUAUUUAUAUAAUUUAAUAUAUAUCAAUAAAUAAAAGUGUCACAAACUGAAAUAAACAUAUUUCUCCACGAACAAUGACUGGUCCUUGAACUGAAUGCGAAGUUCCGUUAAAAUGCAAUUAAAUUUCUUUCAAAGUUCUACUUGUUUGAAAUUGGCAGUUUAAAAUGGCACUAAAAACCCAAUAUAAAAUAUAAAAAACUUAACUGUCUUGAAAUAUUUUGUCGGGCGGUACAUUUAUAUUGUAUAACAAAAUAUAAAAAAAAUUCACGCGGCUCUUAAAAUACAGUUGGGCGGUGAUGAGAAUCAAGGAAUUUAUUUUAUGUGGCCUUAACAAAAGGCAUGCAAAUCUCACUCAAUAGUUCAGUAGCUGAGCUCAUAUGAACAAUUCCUAAUGGGGUGAUAAAUUUAUCAAUACAUCUAAAUGAAGGAAACGUGGGCUAUACAUUUAGUUAGGCCUUGACGUUCAUCCGUAGCGCGUAAUUUCGCCGCAUUUCUUAAAAUUGUGAUAAAACUUGUUACCUUGACCGAACAUGGUUGCGCACAGCAAGAUUGUGUUCGUGUAAGCGCGUCUGAGGAUUGCCACUAACAUCUGCUUGUACUUUGUCGAAUAACGCAAACAUUUUUAUAAUUCUAUUUUGCCUUCAAACUGCCGGUAAUUAUAAGAUAAGGUAAGAUCUGCAGACAAGUGCUAAUAGAAAUAUGUUCAUUAUUAUGUUUUUGCUUGCAGAUGACGCGUUGUCGACACGAGUAAACAGCAAAGGUGUAUUAAAGACUGUGGUUUUGCUUUCGAAAAGCGAACUGAUUGUUUUCGCGGUUGGAACUGGACGGAAUUUAAAGAUUUGGAGCCGUUUUGGAAGCCGGUUCUUAGCACACAAGAAACGAUCUUUGAACGGUGUACGUAUAAUUUGAGCAGGUAUGUCAGAUUUUUUUAUUAUUUUAGGGGCUGUUAUUUGAGCUAUUUGUUCUGUUACAGCUAGGCGAUCUCGCGCAAAGGGCCACACAUCUUUUGCUUCUGUGACCGGGCUUUGAUUUCUGACUCGCAUGAAAGAAGAUCCUUGCAUACUCUAUACUAAACUCUGCAGGCUAUCCCCGCGAGUACUCCGGUUUCAUCUGUAUAGUAGUAAUAGGAAUGGGGCUCUUACUGGAUCUCUAGGGAGAACAGUUUAGAACUACCCAGUAUAAAUAAAGUUAGUUUAGUUUAGGUUUCCUCCUUUAGUAACACUGGAUCAAUAAGAGAUGACUCUUACUGGAUCUCUAGGGAGAACAGUUUAGAAUUGUUAGAACUAUCCAGUAUAAAUAAAGUUAGUUUAGUUUAGCUUUCCUCCUGUGGUAACACUGGGUCAAUAAGACAUGGUCCUUACUGGGCCUCUAGCGAGAACAAUUUAGAACAGAUACAGCUAUCCACUAUAAAUAACAUUAGUUUAUUUCAGGUUUCCUUCUGUAGUAAUACAGGAUCAAUGAGAGAUGAUCCUUACUAAACCUCUAGGAAGAACAAUUUAGAACUGAUAAAGCUAUCCAGUAUAAAUAAAGUUAGUUUAGUUUAGCUUUCCUCCUGUAGUAACACUGGAUCAAUAUAAGAGACGAUCCUUACUGGACCUCUAGGGAGAAUAGUUUAGAACUGAUAGAGCUAUCCAGUAUAAAUAAAGUUAGUUUAGUUCAGGUUUCCUUCUGUACUCUGUAGUAAUACUGGAGACCAGUUUAGAACUAAUAGAGCUAUCCAGUAUAAAUAAAGUUUAAUUAAUUUUCUUAUUGUCUGACAGAAACUGCUCUUUAGUAUCAAUUCCAGAUAUUUGACCUACGCCUGUUAAGCAUAUGUUACACUUUGAAACAUAUGUUGUAUGCAUGUCAGAAUUUUAUCUUCAUUUAAGACCUAGCCUAGUCAAACGCCCUAUCCCACCAUUAUCAAGUAGUUUUCUACUUGUCUGGUGUGGACAUGCAUUACUUCGAGGACAUCACCCAUGCAAUAUAAAUAAUCUACCUGAGUACAAAUCCCACCAUGAUCAAGUAGUUUUCUACUUGUCUGGUGUGGACAUCACUUGGAGAACAUCAUCCAAUAUAAAUAAUCUACCUGAGUACAAAUCCCACCAUGAUCAAUGAGUAGUUUUCUACUUGUCUGUUGUGGCAAUCACUUGGAGAACAUUAUUCAAUAUAUAUAUAAUUUACCUGAGUACAAAUCCUACCAUGAUCAAGUAGUUUUCUACUUGCCUGGUGUGGACAUCACUUGGAGAACAUUAUUCAAUAUAUAUAUAAUUUACCUGAGUACAAAUCCUACCAUGAUCAAGUAGUUUUCUACUUGCCUGGUGUGGACAUCACUUGGAGAACAUUAUUCAAUAUAUAUAUAAUCUAUCUGAGUACAAAUUCCACCAUGAUCAAGUAGUUUUCUGCUUGCCUGGUGUGGACAUCACUUGGAGAACAUUAUUCAAUAUAUAUAUAAUCUAUCUGAGUACAAAUUCCACCAUGAUCAAGUAGUUUUCUACUUGUCUGGUGUGGACGUCACUUGGAGAACAUCAUCCACUAUAUAUAAUCUACCUGAGUAUAAAUCCCACCAUGAUCAAGUAGUUUUCUACUUGUCUGGUGUGGACAUCACUUGGAGAACAUCAUCCACUAUAAAUAAUCUACCCAAGUACAAAUCCCACUAUGAUCAAGUAGUUUUCUACUUCAGUGUCUCGUUUGAGGACAUCAUCCAAUAUAUAUAAUCUACCUGAGUACAAAUCCCACCAUGAUCAAGUAGUUUUCUACUUGUCUGGUGUGGACUUGACUUGAAGAACAUCAUCCAAUAUAUAUAAUCUACCUGAGUACAAAUCCCACCAUGAUCAAGUAGUUUUCUACUUGUCUGGUGUGGACAUCACUUGGAGAACAUCAUCCAAUAUAUAUUAUAUAAUUAUCACAAAAUUUGAAAGCGAAGACAUAUUUUAUUAUUCCGCUAAUUUUCCAGAAAUGGACCGUUUGUUUUGGAAAACUUUUCAACACUAAUUCAAAACAUUUUUCAAUUACUUGGAUGGCUUCAUCCAAACGUCUUAUCUUUAAACCAUCUUGUUUCCUGGGUGAAAACUAAUCAAAUUAUUUUAAAAACACCGGUCCUGCUUCUCAAGAAGAAAUGCUUUUAUUCUGAAAGCCUUAUCAGGAAUUUUAUGAGUGCUUUGUUGAAAGAUUUAAGCAGUUAUCUACAGAAUAUCUUGGCUAAAAGAUUCUCAUUGGUCGGUUGAAAUUAUAGCUGUGCUUUUAGUGAAAUAUAUUUCAUUCACCGUGAAAGAUUUAUUAGGAAUUGUGGAGUGGCUUGUUGAAAGCUUUCAAUACAGUUAUCUUAAAAGCUAGUAUUGUGGUAUGAAAUUAUAAACAGUAUUUCCACUGAAAUGAUUUUCAUUCAUUAUCAGGAAUUUGGCGUGA